AUCAGACGAUUGUUAAUUUUACCAUUCGCCUGAGAAAUCCUGUCUAUACUUUAAUUAUCAUUGUAAUUAUCAAUCUAAUUAUCAGUCUCACGAGUUUAACAGGAGACUUAAAUUGUUUGUUAUUUAAACAUGAACAAGAUUCGCCUCCAUUUGUUUUUCAAUACUAAAAUGGUUCAUCUGUUGACAACUUUCAAUACAUUUCUUUUUGUGAAUCCACUUUUGCUGAUAGACCAAUUUUUCAAAUUAAACAAUUGCUUCUGUCAACAUGUUUUAGGCUUUUAAUUGUUUCAAUGUAAGGUCAAUGUUGAUGUCAAGAUUGUUAAUUGUAUUGUUUUCUCAGCUGUUGAGUGUUGACAAAUGAUAUAAAUAAUACAAUAAUCAUGACCAGUUUUUUUUCUUCUUGUCCACAAUAAUACAUCAAUCUUGCAUAAAACAUUUCUUGGUUCUACUUUUAUUUUCUGGUUCUCAUCGCCUUGUUUCUAAUCAUUGGUCAUUUACCUUUAAUUUAAUUGUCUUAUUACAUUUCAACAAACAAUUGUCAUCAAAUGGUGAUUUAGGUGCUAAUUUAAAACCAUUUUGCUUCACAUAAGAUUAUAUUUCUCCUGUUUACCUGUUAUCAAUUAACAGAAUGUAAACCCUACCUUAAUACAAGGCGAUUGUCGUUUGGUGAACAAAUGACUUGGAGAUUUGGCGGAUGGAAACCAAUGGUUCCUACAUCAAAUGGAUUAAGACCAGAAGAUAAUUUAUCAGGAUUUGGAAGUUUAAGCAUCAGCAAUAACAAUGAUAGUUUAAAUUUAAAUAAUAAUUUAAAUAAUAAUAAUAUUAACUCUAAUAGUAAUAAUAAUAAUGCCAAUUUAAAUAGUAAUUUUAAUAAUGUUAUCUAUAACCAUAACAAUAAUAGUGCCAAUGGAGUUGUCCAAUCUGGACGAAAUGCAACUUCAAGUUCAAACAGCAACUUGUCACCUCAACGAGGUUCACCUAAUCCAAUUGGUUUAUCUUCCUCGGCGCCAUUAAAAUCUUCCUUAGUUCUACCAGUUCCAACCUCAUUGACAUCGGGUUCACCUUUGUCAUCCUCUCAAUCUGGAUCUCUAGCCGCUCCUGAUUCAUCUGAAUCCCAUUUAUCACCCAAAUACCGUAAUCUUGUUGAUAUUGAACAAGUUAAAAUGGAUGACAUGUUUGGUAAAGGUUUCCCAGGUUCAUCAGGUCCGUCAAACGGUCCAGCUUCUCAUGGAUUAUAUGGACCACCAAUGGGUCACAGUUUUGGUAAACCCGGUUUUGGUUAUCCUGGUUUUACAGGUAUACACGCCUCUUCAUUGAAAGGGAACGGACCUCUUCUUCUGCCUAGACAUUUAUCAUAUCUUGGUCGUGGUUUACCAGUUCCUGGCUCUCACCUUGGUCCUAGGCCAAAUCGAGUUGAAGGUAAACCAAUGAAAGACGCUGAGCUUCAUGCUUAUCGAAUGAUUAAACAGUUGAAAGAAAGAGGACGAGAUAUAAGGAAAGAUUUUGGUAUUGUUGAUGCAUUCCCGGUUAAUCGUGGUCUUUAUCCUAAGGUCACUACAGGAGAGGGGGGUAAACGAUAUGUUACAGUUCCAGUGGCUAUUGAAACUGAUCAUGACAAGGUUUUGACCCAAAAUGACAUCAAAGAUAUUGAGAAAGAGGUUUUAAAGAUUAUUCCUGAAGUUGAACAUGGUUUGGUUGAAGGUGCUGUCAAGGAUGGGGCAAGAGUUAUUGAAUUAAGGCCAGAAGGAGGAUCAGGAGAGAAGGGCGGACGAUCAAUUAAUCGACCCCCAAUAACAGUAACAUCUCCUUCAUCAAAUGGUCGCAUUCCGGGUCAUUCCUCAGUAAUAAGUGGACCUUCUCCAAUCAUUUAUGAUAAUUUAGCUGCUAAUCCAAUUAAAUCAAGAAUAUCGUCAAUCUUCCGUCCCCUUCUAUCUAAAUUCCGACAGCCUGGCCGCUCACCUCCAGCAUUUGGUGGAAGUGAUCCCAAAAAUCUUAAUGUAAUCCAUUUAAUUGCUCACCAAGAGCGCCUUCCAUCAAUUGUUCCUGUCGAUAGAUUAGCACAACGUCCUGACAUGUCAAAAAAUAACAACGGUAAUCAAGGAGGACAUCAUCAACAAAUGAACAAUCAACGAUUCCCAAUGGCUCAUGGUCCAAUUAAUCCUCCAAUGAGCAAUUUACAAUACAAAAUUAUUCAUCCUCACAAUAAUAAUCAAGGACAAGGAAAACCAUCAUUCAUCGAAUAUCAUCCCGGUCAAGGUUUACAAAAUGGCAAAUCUGGAGAGCCUCAAGGUUCUUAUGAUCAGGAACCAGGACAUGUUAACGGUCCCCAUCAAUCACCACAAUCACCUCCUUAUCAAGUUAUUGAAGUUCCUCAAGGUUAUGAUGUUUCUCCAGACCAUAUAAUUGAAAAUCAACCUCAAGUUGUGCCAAUCGGUCGAGAUCAAUUAGUUGACUUGAAGGCAAAUCAAUACAAUCAGGGUGACGAAUCUCAACCUAACCAUGGCCCAACAAACUACAAUCAAGGUUCACCUUCCGGACCAUCUGAGUUUAAUAAUCGACCUACAGGCAACGAAGGUUACUCUGAACCUCCUUAUCCAACAACAGGAUCACCAGGUUAUACAUCUGGAAAUUAUGAAAAUGAUGAAAAUAAACAAGACGGUCCAUCUAACCAAGCUUAUGGCAAUAACAAUAAUGAAAAUCAUGGUUACGAUGAGCAACAACCUCGUCCACAAGACAAUUAUGAUAAUGGUGAAAACACAGGAACUGAUUAUUCAAAUCCAUUAGGACCCGAGUAUAAUUUAAAUGCUCAUUCAGGACAAAUCGAGAGACCAAACAAAGAUUACUCGCAAGAAGAAAAUGAUGAAAAUAGAGGAAGAGUUAACGAAGAAGAAGAUAAAGGUCACAGACCCACAAUGAUUCCAUCAGUUGAUUAUGCUGAGCCUCCUAAAAUUGAGCUUCUUAACGGAGCGUCGCCAGAUUUUUCACCUAAACCUUACACAACUCCAAGUGAAUUAGACACCAAAAUGUUGAUAAACUUAAUAUCAAACCAAAUACCUUCCUUAGGUAAUGUCUUGAAGGACGCUGAACCCAUUAAGGAUGGACCUCAAGCCAAUUAUGGAGAUAAUCAUCAACAAGGUUAUGGGCCAAAUGAUCAAGGACCAGCAUAUGUAUCAUCACCAUCAUAUGAAGGCCAAAACGGGGAUAAAAAUUAUAACAACAAUGGAGAAUCUUCUGGUCAAGAUUACGGUUCUUCUGGUAAUCCUAAGGAAACAUUCACUGAAGCAGCAGUAAAUCCUAAUGAACCUCGAUUUGGAGACAGAAUCAGAGGCCAAGAAGUGGUCUAUGCCAAAGCUGAACACUAUGAUGAUCAAAAUUACCAAUCAAAUUCACACUCAUCACAAGGAAUUUAUCCAGAUAGCAGCAACAGUCAAGAGGUUCGUGUAAAGAGCAACAGUUCAAUGGAAAACAAUGAAGAAACGACCGAUGAUGAAACUUAUACAUUUGUUAAGCUUGAUAGCCGCAAUGAACCCAUCAAUGGGAAAGUGAUUUUUGGUGAUCAAUCAAAUAAUACUUCAGACAAGUUGGAAACAAGUGAAUCAACCCAACAGUAUCAUGCCUAUCAUGGUUCAGCUGAUCACGUUCCACCACCAGGUUACAUUAAAUUAUCGGACAAAGAAUUUAAGGAAUUAUUUAAAGAUGCUGAUAUCCAUUACUCUAAAGAUGGUGAAUCAAGUGAUCCUCUGUCUUCAUCACCAUCGGAAACAUCACCAUCUACAGUAGCCUUGAAGGGAACAAUCGAUAAAACAACAGUCGAUGACAAUUCAGAACCGACAACUGUUAAAUCAACUGAAGAAAAUGAGCAAAAAUCUUGAAAAGACCAUACUCAUGAUACAACUAUCGUCAAGCCUCACAAGUUGACAAAUCAACUCAAACUUACAGUCGCCAAUACAUCAUUUUGAUCAUCAUCUUCAUUAUCCAUUCCUUUAAUUCAAUUUAAUCAUCAGAAUCAUCCUCAUCUUCACCCUCUUCAUCAAAACAAACCUUUCCAUUACAAUUCUCGAAUCAAACUCGUCUCCAAUCCAUAAUAAUUGUUAUUGUUAUCUACGUUUGCUUCACUCUUAUUAAUUUUAUCGUUUUUACCACGAUUAUUACAAUUGAUUGUCAAAUUUGACCAACUUUACAAUCUGAAACUAAAAAUUAAUUGAAUAAUCAGACUUUUGAAACUUCCAAGUUUCUUAAGCUAUAAAUGUAUUAUUUAUAAAAUAAAUUUCAAGUUAAACAUGGAAA